UGCAAAGUUUUCUGGGUAAGUAUUCUCGGUUCGUCCACGUCAACACACUUGGCGGCCAUAUUGAAUGGAAUAGUUUGGACUUCUAUCACAAAGAUGGGAGCUUCUGAGUCUACCGAGGUUCCUGGCGGGGGAUCGGAAGGCUAUCAUGUUUUGCGAGUCCAGGAAAAUUCACCUGGGUACAAAGCGGGGCUGGAACCUUUUUUUGAUUUUAUAAUCUCCAUUGAAAAUACUCGAUUGGACCAGGACAAUGAGACUUUAAAAGAAAUUCUCAAAGCUAAUGCAGAAAAGCCAGUGAAAAUGCUUGUGUAUAGCAGCAAAACACAGAAAGUCAGAGAGGCUAGUAUUACUCCAAGCAAUAUGUGGGGAGGUCAAGGAUUAUUAGGUGUUAGUAUCAGAUUUUGUUCUUUUGAUGGUGCGAAUGAGAAUGUCUGGCAUGUAUUGGAUGUCCAACCCAACUCCCCUGCUGAUAUUGCCGGCCUUAGAUCGAAUACAGACUACAUCAUAGGAGCUGAUUCUGUCCUACAUGAGUCAGAAGACCUGUUCCAGUUGAUUGAAUCACAUGAGAAUAAGCCACUUAAGUUAUAUGUAUACAACUGUGAAACAGACGGAUGCCGAGAGAUUACAAUAACUCCAAACAGUAAUUGGGGAGGAGAGGGAAGUCUUGGCUGUGGAAUUGGUUAUGGAUAUUUGCACAGAAUUCCCAAGAAAGAAGAGCUCAGCGAAUCCCCAUCCCUGACUACUCAGUCUGUACCUACAGCUGAUGGGUUUUCUGAUAUUCCACUCAUGGGUGUGCCAGGAGCCACGACGCCCCACCCUGUAUCAGUUACUACUGGUGUUGAGCAAGGAAUGGCAUCUCUAGACCUCAAGUCCAUCACAGCUAAUGCGGCACUCAAUCCUUUAAAUACUAGCCUGACAGCACCUGUUGUGGCUCUUCCUACACCUGUAGCACCGCCGUCCACAGUCCCCUACACUGCUACACCAGCACCAGCCCAGCAAGCACCCCAUACUACAGCAGCCAGUCAGCCAGCUCCCUAUACACCAGCAUCUGGCCAGCCAGCAUCUUACACGCCAGCCUACACACCCUACACACCAGCAUCAACUGUUGGCAGGAUGCCCCCCACAACGUCCCAGUCAACCCCAUCACCUGCGCCCUUCUUCCAACAACAGCCUCUAGUCCCAACACCAGUUACCCUGGGGGGUACCUCAGCACCAGCGUCAACAGCUGCCCCUCCUUUGUCAUACCCAGCACCAACCUCAUCCCCACACGCCUACCCCUACUCACCUGCUCAAGUUCAGCUUUCCACACCCCCGCAGACCCCUCCAUCGCCAUCAACCAAUGCUUCUGCAGGUGGGACGGUGACUGUGAUGGCCACACCCUCUCCCCUUCUUACUGAUAUAACUGCAGGAGCCACACCUGCACCAGUCCUUCCACUGAGUGGAUCUUUCACUGGAAAAGGGGAGAAUGUACCUAUUGUUCCACCAACCUCAACACCCCAACUACAAGCCUCUUGAUUAUCCAUUUAGAGACGAAUUGGGACAAUGGUGUUGAGGUUUAUGGUCAGGCAUAUGACCCACGAAAACACUUACAUUAUUCUUUGUCCUCGUGAAAUAGAGGAUUAUCUUGCAGUAUUUAACUGCCAGUUUACUGUCAGAACUUGUGGAAGUGACCUCUUAUCUCAGUUAUUGAUACUGCUGAAAGAAUUUUUUAAAAUCAUCUAAGAGAGCAUAUCCUCCAGGGACCUCUUGGUUGUUAUUGUGUGUAGGACUGUAUCUUACCUUCAAGGUAAAAAUGGCCCAGCAAAAACAUGAUGUCAUAAUAGUGGUCUUUGAAGAUGAGUUUGAUAUGUUUUUAACAUUGUGCAGAGAGGUUUAUCAUGCUAGUGGUUUCCGUCCAUACGCAAACCCAGGAGUUGCUGAGGGGGAUUUGAUUAUUCUUAGCUAUCUUAUGGAAAAAGGAUAAUGUUUGAGGAUCCUACAAUAGGAAAUGACCCCGAAAUCUAAGGAAUACCAAUACCGUUCUUUAAUCUAAGGAAUUUUGCGAUGUUACUUAUCGUAAGUGUUAUAGAAUGUUUUAUAUAUCAUGUAAGAGAUUAUUAAAAAGCUGUAGUUCACAAAUAAAACUGAAGUAUAAAAAUGA